GGCGCCGCCGGUGCCAUCUCCAACCUCCACCUAGCUUAUUACGUGGUGCUACGACCAUCUCUAACCUCCCUAUCAUUUCCACCGUCAUGUUCCUAUCUACUCCCCAAACCAACCAAUUUUUGCGACAUCACAUCGUAUAUAAACACAAAUCCAAACCCCUUUCCACUUAACUCGUCUCCUCCAAUAUUGUUACUCAAGGAGGUGCAUCGGCCGAUUGAUCAGCGCCAAGAAACUUCCAUCCUUCGACUGAUCAUGGCGGCAGCAGCGGUGAUGCUGCUAUUGUUUUUCGCCUCCUGCAUGCAUGCCGCCGUGUUCUGCGCGGCCGCGGGUUUCGACGAGGUGCCGACGGUGGCCUUCGACGAGGCCUUCGCGCCGCUCUUCGGCGAGUCAAACAUGGUUCGCUCCUCCGGCGGCGACGCCGUGAGCAUCACCCUGGACCGCAGCACCGGCUCCGGCUUCAUCUCCAAGCGCUACUACCACCACGGGCUCUUCAGCGCGGACGUCAAGCUCCCCGCCGGCCACACGGCCGGCGUCGUCGUUGCCUUCUAUCUCUCCAACGGCGACGUCUUCGAGGCCACCCACGACGAGCUGGACUUCGAGUUCCUCGGCAACCGCGCGGGCCACCGGUGGCGGAUGCAGACCAACGUGUACGGCAACGGCAGCACGGCGCGCGGCCGGGAGGAGCGGUACGUGCUUCCCUUCGACCCCACCGCCGCGAAGCACAGGUUCUCCAUCCUCUGGUCCUCCAGUUCCAUCGUUUUCUACGUCGACGGCACCCCCGUCCGCGAGGCGCAGCACCGCCGUAGUCGCCGUCGUUUUACGGACGACGGCAUGGGUCCCGACGGCGACGACAGUGACAUGGGCGCUGACUACCCGUCCAAGCCCAUGGCGGUGUACGUGACCAUCUGGGAUGGCUCCACCUGGGCCACCGAGAACGGCAAGCACACGGUGGACUACAGGCACGGGCCCUUCACCGCCGACUUCUCGGGGCUCGUGCUCCGCGGCUGCCCCGCCGACGCCACCGGCGCAGACAUCCGCCAGCUCCACCUCGGCGCUUCCACGCAGCGGUGCGCCACGGCGGAGUGGGAGCUGAUGACGGCGGAGUACGCGGUCAUGACGGCACGGAAGCGCGCGGACAUGCGGCGGUUCAGGCGGAGGCAGAUGGUGUACACGGUGUGCUACGACACGGACCGGUACCCGGCGGCGCUGCCGGAGUGCGAGGUGAACGCGGCGGAGCGGCAGAUGUUCGAGCGGUGGGGAGAGUCCAAGGCCUCGUUCCGCUCCCGGACGACUGCGCCGGCGCCGCUUGUGUCCAUGAUGCAGGCCGCCGACUGAGUGAUCGCCUGAUCGGAAGGACCACCGGCGGCCACGUUGUUGCCUGUACAGUUGCUUAGCUAGUGAUAAGAAAAUGAUUAUUAUGAUGAGCAGUUGGUUGAUGGAGCUGUUUAGUUUUGUAUCUAAUAUAAUAAUAAGUAAAAAAAAAGCUAGUACCUAA